ACAGCCUUCCCUUCAGGCCAGGAAUCUGCCUCUGAGGCCAGCCCUGAACCCCAGGCAGUAGAAGUGGACAUGACAGCAUCCCUCACCCUGAAGGAUGCAACUCUCCCUUCGGUCCAGGAAUCUGCCUCCGAGGCCAGUCCUGAACCCCAGCCAGUGGAAGAGGACAUGACAGCAUCUCUGCCCCUGCAGGAUGCAGUCCUCUCCUCUGGCCAAGGAUCUGCCUCUGAGUCCAGUCCCGAACCCCAGCGAGAAGUGGACCUGAUGGCAUCCCUGAAGGGUGCAGGCCUCCCCUCGGUCCAGGGAUCUGCCUCCGAGGUCAGUCCUGAACCCCAGCCAGAAGAAAUGGACCUGACAGCAUCCCUGUCCCUGCAAGAUGCAGCCUCCCCUCUGGCCAAGGAUCUGCUUCUGAGGCCAGUCCUGAACCCCAGGCAGUAGAAGUGGACCUGAUGGCAUCCCUGCCCCUGCAGGAUGCAGCCCUCCCCUCUGACCAAGGAUCUGCCUCUGAGGCCAGUCCUGAACCCCAGCCAGAAGAAAUGGACAUGAUGGCAUCCCUGUCCCUAAAAGAUACAGCCCUCCCCUCGGUCCAGGGAUCUGUAUCCAAGGCCAGCCCUCAGGCCCUGCAGACUGAUGAAGGCUGCACCUCAAGGAGCAAGCCUACGGUCACCACAGCCCAGCAGAAAGGAGGCAAGACCUUGGGACCGAGGCCAGAGUCUGAGGGAAAGGACCCGGACCACACGGGAGACCCAGACUCUCUGGUCCUGGAUCAGCCCCAUCUGGAUGGCCAGGAGCCAGCUGCAGACGGUCGGACACCCCGGGCCUCACAGGGAGAUGCAGGCCCCUCCAAGCCUGCCACAGAGACCCCGGACACCUCUGAGCCUGCUGUGGAGACCCCAGAUCCCUCAGAGCGUAUCUCUACUGGGGAGGAAGCAGCCAAGGGUCUUUUGACACCUGAGCGGAGAACCUGUCCUGAUGCCCGUGCGCAUGGAGGUGAUGGAGCUGAGCCCAGCUCACUCCCAGAGGAGGCCCUAGGGGCUGAGGACCAAGGGAGUGGAGUCCUAGAGCCAGUGCCCCAGGAUGCUGGGAGCAGCGGCCCAGAGGCCUGUCCUGCCACCUGCCUGGAGGUCAGCCAGGUGUGGCCCCCAAGCCCGGUGGAGGAGGGAAGGGCCACUCCCAUAGCUGUGGCUUCAGAGUCUGGGAUGGGCUCCUGUUCAGAAUCUCCAUCGAGGGCUGUGCCCAGGCUGGGAAGAAGCCGCCCCAAACAUUCUGCCCCGACAUCUCCAGCGCCCUCGAGGCGGCUAGCGCGCGUGCCGGGCCCGGACAGUGGAGAGCAAGCACAGGCAGCACCUGGAGUUCUUGGCCCCUCUGCACCGCAGUCCCCAGGAAGCCCCGCUGCGGGCCUGUCCAGUACACCCCAAGACCAGAAUCUGGGCCCUGAGCCCGUUGCUCUUGGUGUCCCCGUGGAGACCGUCCCACUGGCUGCAGCACCCCCUGCCCCCAGCCCUUGCCAGGGCCCCCGGGAAGCCUUGGUAGAGGGCGAGGAGCCCCUGGGCUCUCCAGGCCGCAAGCCACACCGGGCAAGAGCCCAGCGGGCGGUGGCUGCCUUCUCAGGGACCACGAACCCCUCUGGGGCCGGGCAAGUCAGCCUCCCGCCCCACUCUCCCCUCCUCGGCCCCAAGGCGGCCCCCCCUGGGGGCACCCAUGCCAAAGACCCGGCCUCGAGGACCUCGCCCCCCUGCCAAGUGCCUCCUGGCUCUGCGCCCCGGAGCCCAGCCGGCCCUCGAGGGCUCCCAGCUGCCGAGCAGCAGGAUGACCAGGACAGUUUGGAAGAAGACUCACCACGGGCUCCCGGCUCCGGCCAGCACUCGGACAGCCACGGGGAGUCGUCAGCUGAGCUGGAGGAGCAGGACCUCUCAGGACCGCAGACCUCGCAGUGCCCAGCCCAGGCCCCAGCAGGUGGCGGGAGCGAGGAGACCGUCGCCAAAGCCAAACAGAGUCGCAGUGAGAAGAAGGCCCGAAAGGCGAUGUCCAAGCUGGGCUUACGACAGAUCCAGGGGGUCACCAGGAUCACCAUCCAGAAGUCCAAGAACAUCCUCUUUGUCAUCGCCAAGCCGGACGUCUUUAAGAGCCCAGCCUCAGACACCUACGUGGUCUUUGGCGAGGCCAAGAUCGAGGACCUGUCCCAGCAAGUGCACAGAGCUGCUGCUGAGAAGUUCAAGGUGCCCUCGGAGCCCUCUGCCCUGGUCCCUGAGUCAGCACCUGGGCCGAGGGUGAGGCCGGAGUGCGAGGAGGGCGAGGAGGAGGAGGAGGACGAGGAGGUGGAUGAGGCAGGGCUGGAGCUCCGGGACAUUGAGCUGGUGAUGGCACAGGCCAACGUGUCAAGGGCCAAGGCCGUGCGGGCCCUGAGAGACAACCAGAGCGACAUCGUCAACGCCAUCAUGGAGCUGACAAUGUAGCCGCUGACCAGUGACUUGGCUCCAUCCCUGCCCCCUAACUCUGCUGCUCAAUAAAUGGGUGUUCCCUCAU